AUGUGGGUGUCAGAUGUUUUUCAGCUGGCUCACGUGAUGCGAUUUAGCGGACCCUGGUUUAUUUACUUCUUUCUUCUUUUACGUGUCUGUGUGUGCGUUGCAGGUUUGAACCGCCGCGCCCGCACGCCUCCUGCGCCUGCUGCCCAGGAGCCUCCAGGGAGGCACAGGCACAGGUGCAGCUUCUGCGAUUACUCCAGUCCCUACAAGGCUCACACUAGGGUCCACGAGAGAACACACACCGGGGAGAAGCCCUUCGUGUGCCCAGUGUGCUCGAAAGGAUUUUCGCAAAAGGUCUCCCUGGACAAACACCUGGUAGCGAUCCACAAGGGCCAGAGGAACUUCGCAUGCUCCGUCUGUGAGAGCGCCUUUUCCUCCAAGGACACCCUGGACAGACAUUCCAAAGAGGUGCACGAGGACCAGAGGAACUUCACAUGCUCCAUCUGCGGGUGGCCGUUCCACCGGAAGGACCAACUACUACGUCAUCAGAGGGCGCACCUUAAAUGA